AUAUGUAAUCCCGCCUCUCUCUCUCUCUCUAGAACCCUACCUCAUCGCGUCUGUUUCUUCUCUCGACUGCGUUGAAUUAACGCGCGUACAAUUCACGCUACACGCCCAAACCCUAUAUUUCUCUCCUCAAAUUCGGACCAAACCGGAACCCUAAUUUCCUUCUCUACAUCUAUCUGUUUCUCUCUCUAAGCUGUAGCUACACAAUGAGGAAGGGUACUAAGAGGAAGGCGAGCCAGAAAUCUACAGAAGAGGCCAGUGAAGAGCCAAGCAAAUCGACGCAAGAGACCGACACAGUGCCAAAUAAAUCUACGGAAGAGACCAACAAAGAGCCCAAAAAGGGCUCGAAAAGAACUGUUGUCAGAGCUAAGCGAGUCAAACCUCCGAAGCCUGAAUCCGAGCCUGAGUUCUUCCCGGAGACGCGUAAUUUGGAAGACUUAUGGCAAAAGGUUUUCCCUGUUGGGACAGAGUGGGAUCAGUUGGAUACGGUUUAUCAGUACAAGUGGAAUUUCUCAAAUCUUGAAAAAGCAUUCGAAGAGGGUGGAGAACUAUAUGGUAAAACAGUCUACCUUUUCGGCUGUACCGAGCCUCAAUUGGUAUUUUUUGGGGGUGGAGGAAAAGUAACCUGCAUACCUGUUGUUGUUGCUGUUGUAUCUCCUGUUCCACCGUCUGAUAGGAUUGGAAUCAACUCAGUACAGAGGGAGGCUGAGGAAAUUGUGCCAAUGAAGCAGAUGAAAAUGGACUGGGUUCCAUACAUUCCAUUGGAAAAUAGGGAUGCUCAAGUUGAAAGACUUAAAUCCCAAAUUUUUAUUUUGAGCUGCACGCAAAGAAGGGCUGGAUUAAAACAUUUGAAGAUAGAGCGUGUGAAGAGAUUUGAAUACUGCUUACCUUAUUUCUACCAUCCCCUUCAGGAAGAUGAAUCCGAACAGAGCACCAUUGUACAAAUCUUAUUUCCAGCAGAACCACCAGUUUUCUGUGAGUUCGAUUGGGAACUUGAUGAGCUUGAGGAGUUCACUGAUAAACUUGUUGAGGAGGAGGAGUUGUCUGAAGAUCAAAAGGACGCUUUCAAGGAUUUUGUUAAGGAGAAGGUUCGAGAAGGGAAAAAAGCUAACCGUGAGGCAAGAGAAGCCCGGAAAAAAGCUAGAGACGCAAUGGAUGAGAAUUCAAAGGUUGCGUUAGAGAAUAUAAAGUUUUACAAAUUCUAUCCUGUUCCAACACCUGAUACCCCUGACGUGUCCAAUGUCAAGUCUCCAUUCAUAAACAGGUAUUACGGGAAGGCUGAUAAGGUUCUGUGAUCGGGCUUGCCAAGGACCAGGUGGUACGGGAGUAUGUUGUCCAAUGCUUGACGAGAUGAUUGCUCACUUGGCUGCUUAAUAACCUAGCAGAAGGUGAAGUUUAGGAUCUGGACUCUGGGGCCUUCUUUCGAAAUGCAAGCUUGUAGUUUUGUAACUCUUUACGGAAAAGGGAAGAAUAAUUAGGUGCUCUUUGUACCAUUGGGUGUUAGUCACAACAGUUUAGAACGCCGAGGAUUCCAAUUUUGGAAAUGAGUAGGUUUCAGUAGCUGGGAAUUCCCAGUUUCUCUUUUCUUCAUUUAAUCUUCAUUAGUGGUAUUAAUACCACAACCCUAGUUUUGUACUACAGACAUGAAUGGCAAAAAAGUUAUUGCAUCAACAUCUUCUCGCGGUAUAGUCACCGACUUAUGAAUGAAUUGCUCUUAUGAUGUUGGACUUAUGCUGCGUUGUAACUUAUUAUACUGGUAUUGGAUAUUUCAAUUUGUUCUUUGA